AUGGGGGAGCUUUCGUUUUUCGAGAAGAUGAUGACUAAUGUCCGUGCAAAGUGCAAGUAUUACACUGGGUAUCCAAAGGAUCUGGGGUCAUCGAGGGUCAUUCAUUUUUCUUCAGAGCGGGAAUUUGUUCAUCUUCUACAUGAAGGCUACCCUGUGGUUGUUGCAUUUACCAUCAGGUGUAAUUACACAAAACAUCUUGACAAAGUACUAGAGGAAGCUGCUGUUGAGUUUUAUCCGCAUAUAAAAUUCAUGCGUGUUGAGUGUCCCAAAUAUCCUGGAUUUUGCAUAACGCGCCAAAGGAAGGAAUACCCGUUUAUCGAAAUAUUCCAUGGCCCAGAACAAGCGGCCAAUCAAGGAAAGGUUGCUGAUCCAAAUAUUACCAAGUAUUCUGUGAAAGUUUUACCUGUGAGUCUUGGAGCUUCUUUGCCAUUACCAACAUUGACUUGA